AUGGAGGAUGAUAUCAAUGAGUUGUACAAGGAGUGUGUCGCAGCUUUACAAGGUGGUUUGCUAUUGAAUGGAAAAGAUUUCAAUGCUAUUAGAAAGGCAUUGGAAGAGGCUUUUGAAAAUGAUAUGGAUGUUGGACGCGAAGUUAAGACGAGUAACGAUUUUCAGCGAGAGAAAUCUACUUCUGGUGAUGCAUCCCUAAUCUUAUCACAGCUACAAUCUACUCAUGGUCUAAAAGUACACCAAGAGAAGGACAACCUCACUGACUACAAAGAAGAUCCUAUGAAAAUACUUGAGCACGUGAAGAUUAAAUAUUCACUUAAAUCUCCACUAUCAACCAUAAAAGGUUUCUUUAAGGAUUCAAAAGAAGAGGAGCUAAGCUUCAAGAAAGAGGAAGUGAAUAAAGUUGAAGAGCGACUAAGGAUUUGUUGGGCCAGGCAACUUAGUCCAAGUGCUUUCCCAACCAGAGCUGCUCUCAUGGAUCCACAAAAGCUGACAAGCAAUAAUACGAAAACUGUAGCACAUUUGCUUAUGUUGGAUUUGCAAACAGAGGGGUAUAAUGUUGUGCCAUCACAAUUCAUCAUGGAACAACAAGAUGCUCAAUUAAUCAGGAAGAAUCAGUACCCUUCUUCAUAUAAUGCAUAA